AUGGGCUCAAGGAAUGAUCAUUUCCCCAAGGUCCAAGGCGGAGGCAGCCUGAUUCUCGCCUGGCAAAUCAAGGCCAAGAAUGUGCUUGUCAUCGGGGGCGGCGAGGUCGCAGCCGGACGCAUCCUCAACUGCCUCGACGCCGACGCCGCCGUCACCGUCAUAUGCCCCUCGUCCGGCCUCAACCCAGAAGUCGCACACCGCGUCUCGACGGCCCAGGUCACCCACAUUGACAGGAAGUUCCAGCCGAGCGACCUGGACCCGGACAAGAACGUAAACAUGGUGCUGACGGCCAUCGAUGACCCAGAAGCCUCCACCCAGAUCUGGAAGCUCUGCAAGGAGCGCCGCAUACCCGCCAACAUUGCUGACGUCCCACCCGAGUGCGACUUUUACUUUGGCAGCGUCCACCGCGACGGACCCUUGCAGAUCAUGGUGUCUACCAACGGCAAGGGCCCCCGGCUGGCUGCCUCCAUUCGCAAGCAGAUCGCCGCCACCCUUCCCAACAAUGCCGGCGCCGCCAUCGACAAGGUGGGGAAGCUGAGGGGGAUGCUGCGGAAGAUCGAGCCCGGCCCUGAGGCUGUCAGCAGCAGGAUGGGCUGGAUGAUCAAGGUGUCCGAUGCCUACAGCUGGGAGGCUUUCUGUGACCUGACCGAGGAGGACAUGGAAAACCUGCUGGCUUUCUACUCCAACGGCGAGGUGCCGCCAUUGGACCUUUUGAAGAGCAUGAGAAAAGAUCCUACAGGCGAAUACGUUUUUGACGGGUCGUUUGGGUUCUCUGUUGGGUGCUGA